CAUCAGGCCUUUCCCUUCCCUUUCUCCUUUCUCGUUGUGUGGGUUCUUUCUAGGCCCUAGGACAAGCCAAGAAGCGGCGGAGGGGAAGGGAGGAAGAGGGCACCAGCCGCACCGGCCGGCGGAAUGGCGGCGCCGCCCAAGGCCUGGAAGGCGGAGUACGCCAAGUCCGGGCGGUCCUCGUGCAAGUCGUGCAGGUCCCCCAUCGGGAAGGACCAGCUCCGGCUCGGCAAGAUGGUCCAGGCCACGCAGUUCGACGGAUUAAUGCCCAUGUGGAACCAUGCCAGUUGCAUCCUCAGUAAGAAAAACCAGAUAAAAUCUGUUGAUGAUGUUGAAGGAAUAGACACACUCAGAUGGGAUGACCAAGAGAAGAUAAGAAAUUAUGUUGGAAGUGCACCAGCUACUGCAAGUUCUGCAGCUGCUAUUUCAGAUAAAUGCACCAUUGAGGUUGCUAAAUCUGCCCGUACUUCCUGUAGACGGUGUGGUGAAAAGAUAAAAAAGGGAACGGUUCGUGUUUCAUCUAAGCUUGAAGGGCAAGGUUGGUAUCACGCCAGCUGUUUUCUGGAGAUGUCCCCAGCUGCAACUGUUGAGAAUUUCUCAGGCUGGGAGAUCCUGUCGCAUGAGGAUAAAAGAGCUGUUCUUGAUCUUGUUAAGAAAGAUGCCCCCAGCUCAGGGCAAACAUCUUCUAAGGGUUCCAAGCGCAAGAAUAAUCAGAAUGAUAUACACGACUGCAAAGCUCCCAAGAUAAUCAGGAGUAUAUCAGAAGGCACAGCAGAAGAUAAAGGGAAAGCUGUUGUAUCACAUGAUUCCAAUGCUAAUUCUUCUGAUCUUCAAGAAAAGCUUAAAGAGCAGAGUGACACACUUUGGAAAUUGAAGGAUGAACUUAAGAAGCAUGUGUCAACUGCUGAACUAAGGAACAUGCUCGAAGCAAAUGGGCAGGAUACAUCUGGGCCAGAGCGGCAUCUAUUAGACCGUUGUGCUGAUGGGAUGCUUUUUGGAGCAUUGGGUACUUGCCCAGUUUGUUCUAGCUUCCUAUACUAUCAUGGUGGCCAGUAUCAUUGCAGUGGCUAUGUGUCAGAAUGGUCCAAGUGUACAUACUCUACGACAGAACCCGUGCGCAGUAAAAAGAAAUGGAAAAUUCCUGACGAAAUGGAUAAUGGUUAUCUUACAAAGUGGUUCAAGUCUCAAAAGGCUAAGAAACCAGAGAGAGUUCUUCCGCCAAUGUCACCUGAGAAAUCAUUGUGCCAAUCAACCCAGCAAAACCGAUCUUUCCUUAGUGAAGGACUGGAUAAAUUGAGAGUUUCUAUAGUAGGACAAUCUAAAGAUGUGGUUGAUGGAUGGAAACAGAAGCUGAAAGAUGCUGGUGCCAACUUUAAUGCCACAGUUACCAAAGACAGCAGCUGCUUAGUUUUAUGUAGUGAGCUUGAGAGUGAGAAUGCUGAAGUCAAGAAAGCAAGGAGGUUGAAGAUACCAAUUCUGCGAGAAGGUUACCUUGGAGAAUGCAUUAGAAAAAACAGAGUGCUUCCAUUUGAUUUGUAUAAAGUAGAAGCUGCAUUGGAAUCUUCGAAAGGAGGCACAAUGACUGUUAAAGUUAAAGGGCGAAGUGCUGUUCAUGAGUCCUCUGGUUUGCAAGAUACAGGUCAUAUUCUUGAAGAUGGAAAAAGCAUAUACAAUACAACCCUGAACAUGUCUGACCUGACACGAGGUGUGAACAGCUAUUAUAUACUUCAGGUCAUUGAAGAGGAUAAUGGGUCUGAUUGUUAUGUAUUCCGAAAGUGGGGACGAGUUGGGAAUGAAAAAAUUGGAGGCACUAAGUUGGAGGAGAUGUCGAAAAUUCAUGCUAUUCAGGAAUUUAGAAGAUUGUUUCUUGAGAAGACUGGAAACCCCUGGGAAGCAUGGGAACAAAAAACAAAUUUCCAAAAGCAGCCUGGGAAAUUUUAUCCACUUGACAUUGACUAUGGUGUAAGGCAAGGACCAAAGCGGAAAGACAUUGACAAAAUGAAAAGUUCACUUCCUCCCCAGUUGCUGGAGCUCAUGAAUAUGCUUUUCAAUAUUGAAACAUACAGGGCUGCUAUGCUGGAAUUCAAAAUUAACAUGUCUGAGAUGCCCCUGGGUAAACUAAGCAAGGAAAAUAUCCAAAAAGGUUUUGAAGCAUUAACUGAGAUACAGAAUCUAUUGGGUAACACUAAUAAUCAAGAACUGGCGGUUAGAGAGAGCUUGAUCGUUGCCGCGAGCAAUCGUUUCUUCACCCUUAUUCCUUCUAUUCAUCCUCACAUUAUACAAGAUGAGGAUGAUUUGAUGGUGAAAGUGAAAAUGCUUGAAGCUCUGCAAGAUAUUGAAAUUGCUUCUAAACUUGUUGGCUUCGAUAGUGACAAUGAUGAGUCUCUUGAUGACAAGUACAAGAAACUUCGAUGUGCCAUUACGCCACUCCCUCAUGAUUGUGAAGAUUACAAGCUAGUUGAGAAGUAUCUUCUUAACACUCAUGCUCCUACCCACAAGGAGUGGUCACUGGAAUUAGAGGAAGUCUUUUCGCUUGAUCGAGAUGGAGAAUUCAGCAAGUACUCAAGAUAUAAGAAUAAUCUACAUAACAAGAUGUUGUUAUGGCAUGGUUCAAGGUUGACCAAUUAUGUUGGAAUACUUAGUCAAGGACUAAGAAUAGCACCUCCUGAGGCUCCCGUGACAGGCUAUAUGUUUGGGAAAGGCCUCUACUUUGCAGAUUUAGUAAGCAAGAGUGCACAAUAUUGUUACGUGGAUAGGAAGAAUCCAGUUGGUUUGAUGCUUCUUUCCGAGGUUGCUCUAGGUGACAUGUAUGAACUGAAGAAAGCCACGUCCAUGGACAAACCUCCAAGAGGGAAACACUCGACCAAGGGCUUAGGCAAAACCGUGCCGCUCGAGUCUGAGUUUGCGAAAUGGAGGGAUGAUGUUGUGGUGCCAUGCGGAAAGCCAGUGCCAGCAUCUAUCAAGACAUCUGAGCUUAUGUACAAUGAGUAUAUUGUCUACAAUACAUCCCAGGUGAAGAUGCAGUACUUGUUGAAGGUUAGGUUCCAUCACAAGAGGUGACUAGAAGACUUGAGGUAGGAGUAGAAAUGUAGAAUUAAUCAGUGGAAGUAUCUCCAUCGUUAUCAGUAGUCUGUGGUGGCUACGCUUUUGAUGUGUUAGAAUGAUUUAUCCAGUAGUUUCAGGUUGGUAGGAGGUUAUGUGCUGCUCGCGUAUGAUCCGUUUUGGGGUAUGUUGCAUGGGCAUCGCGCGAGUGGCGCAAGUAAAUCCCCUGCGCAUGCCAUGGGCAUUUGAUAGAUGUUUGCCUAAUUUUCUGUGGCAAUGUGCGCAUUUGGCAUCUCUGUUUAGCUUGCUAUUUUAUCAUCACUCGCGUUAUUUGUGCGUUGUUGCGUUUUGGCUA